AUGGCAUUCUCUACGGAACGUCUGUGUGCCCCUCAGUACGGCAAAGUUUGCCCGGUCACGAUUUCCUGGCUUCAGUUCCAAUCCAGGACGACCGAAUACCUAACAGGAAAUAGCAAAUUCAUUUUCAACAGCAGCCGCAGUUUAGAUCCACUGUGUGCAAGAAAAUAA